AUGACUCCUUUUCGAGCAGCAUAUGGCAGGGACCCGUGGAAACUUAUCAAAUAUGGAACAUCCCCUUCACCACUUGAUGCUAUCGAUCAUCAACUACUCUCGGAACAGAAUGCUAUCCUUAAGAUUUUGAAAUUCAACUUGCACAAGGCACAAGUGAGGAUGAAAUUUAAUACAAAUAAGCAUCGUUGAGAAGUUGAAUUAGAGGUGGGUGAUAUGGUCUUCCUCAAAAUCAAACCAUACCAAAUGAAAUCUCUGGCAAAAAAGGAAAUCAAGAAGAUAAACCCUCACUAUUUUGAUCCAUAUCCUAUUAUGGAAAGAAUUGGACCAGUGGCAUAUAAACUCCAAUUGCCCAACCAUUCAGUUAUUCAUCCGGUGUUCCAUAUAUCCCAGCUCAAGAAGACACUCAGAACACACAGCAUAAGUUAACCAAUUCCCCCAACACUAUCAGAAGAACAAGAAUGGAUACUAAUUCUAGAUGGCAUAAAAGCUCAUAGGUCAACUCCUCAAGACACAAAGAUUUUAGUUUCAUGGAAACAUCUUCCAAAGUUUGAAUCGUUAUGGAUGACAGUAUCAACAUUCCUUCGACAAUUUCCUACAUCUCACCUUGUGGACAAGGUGAAACUCAUGGGGGGAAGUAAUGUUAUAAAGCCAACUAUCAUCUACACAAGAUGA